CGAUCCCUCAUUAGCUUUAUCAAAAUUUUCAAUCCCUCAUUAGCUUUAUAAAAAUUUUCAAUUUCACAGCAAGAGGCUAGGAUUGAAGCAACCGCAUAUAAAAACCCAAGUUUUGAAUACACAUAUCUAACUUGGGGAAGAACAUAAGAGAAAUAAAUAUCUUUCAAAAAUUUAAACAACAGAAGCAACGUGUCAAAAAGGCAGUUACAACAUUUGCAAAACGUAGAUUUUUUUUUAUUACAAUCCCGCUACCGACAACGACAUUCACACUCACAUGACACAUCCACAAUAUUGAGUCAUUAGUCAUGACCCUCCUCCCACUCACUCACUCACACUCCAUUUUCUCUCUACUCCCUCUCACUCACUCACUCACACCCUUUCUUCAAUUCCUUUACCAAAUUUCUCACCCUAUCACGAGAUAAAUAUUUAUCUCUUUCCUCCAAUUCCAACACUCCCUUAAAUUCUCUUUAAUUCUCUCCCUUUUUAUUUCCCCCCUCUCUCUCUCUCUCUUUCUUUCUAUUCACCAUUCUUCACUUUCUCUUUCUUUCACUCUCCUUUAUUUUCCCGCCAAUUUCUCUCUCUGGUUUUUUCACUCUUUUUUUUCCAUGACCGUACACUCAACCUUCAAGCUUCAGAAUCCGAAGCUAAAAGCUUCAAGAUCAAAUUUUGAAACUAACCCAUCAUUCAAAACCACCACCAAACCCGAAAACAAGAUGAAACUACUCCGGGUCAUUCUCACUGACCAUGACGCAACCGAUUCCGACUCUUCCGGCGAAGAUGAACCGUCACCGCCACAAAAGCUUCGAAAAGGGAAGAGAGAAAUAACCGAAAUCACCAUGCACAUGCACUUUCCUCUUGUAUCUGAUUCUCCGAAAACCUCACCUUCUUCUUCAGCUUGCUCCACUGACCCGACCCGUUUCAAAAGACGUGGAAAAGUGGUUAGAAAUCCCCGGCAGCAAAACAUGUUCCGCGGCGUUCGUCAGAGACCGUGGGGACGGUGGACGGCCGAGAUCCGUGACCCGAACCAACGCAAACGUGUCUGGUUAGGAACUUUUGACACGGCGGAGGAAGCUGCAGCUGUGUACGACGAAGCCGCCGUGAAGCUUAAGGGUCCAAAGGCAGUUACCAACUUUUCCGGGAAUUUUCCAGACAGCGACGCCGUUGAGAAAGAUGUCAACGAGCCGUCAAAGAUUUUCGCCGUUGACGGUUUCGCUUCUCCGACGUCUGUUCUGCCUUACUACGACGGCGACUCGACGCCGUUUGACAGUUUUCGUUACGGAACUGUGGAUGCGUUUGGAUUCGAUAUUGAUACGCCGUUAAGUUUAACGGACGUUAACUUUAUCGGGUUUGGGAAAGAAAAAGAAGAGUUCGGUGAGUUUGACUUGGACGAGUUCCUGACGUGGCCCAGUUAAACCGCAAGGACUUAUUAGUCAUUUCCGAAGAAAAAUCCAGAAUCGUUAAUAUUAAUAUUUUUGUCGUUAUCCGUUGUUACCUGAUGAAAUUUCCAAACUACCCUUGGGACUAAUUUUUUUUUAUGCAACUUGUAAGAGUGUAGAGCACUAGAGUAAACGUUAUCUUUAAGAGGAUAUUUUUGGCAUAAGUUAUUUUGUAAUUAUUUUUGUCGUUUUGUCUAAAAUAGGGGGACAUAUAUAGCUACAUUAAUAUUAGUACAAGGAAAAUUAUGGGUGGAAAUUAUUAAAAAUGAUUAUAUUAUAUUAUUAUAAUUGUAGUAUUUGUUUUGAAAUUAAAUCUCGCCUUUUUGUUAAGAAGAUGCCAGAUUUCAUGAUUCAUCGAGUAAGAUUCUAUGAUUCUAUAUGAACCAAAAGAUUUGGUUAAGAUUAUUGUUCCAACAAAGAAUUGACACAUGUUAUAGAUAUUGCAUGCUC